AUGACUCGGAUGUCACGGUCCCAAGCUAGGAUUAACUCACUUUCAAGUUCGACAUUUGCCCGUCAGCGCACUCGUACGCAAACAGCUGCAUUUCUACUUGGUAUCCGUCCAAACCUACCCGAUGCCAAUGACGAAGACUUCAGCCGCGUAAACACGGUUCGGCACCUUUCUCAAGGAAUCACCAACCGCUUCGACUCAGUAGAAAAGGUUACCGCACAACAGUACCAGGCCCCUGAGCUCGAGAAAGAUUACACUCCGAAUCAGAUUCUCGGCGAGACAUCUUUGACUCCAUCAAAGCUACGAUGGAUGUUCCAGAGCUAUAUGAACACUUGGGCUGGCGUUUAUCCACCGCACGCCGCACGGACCCACCACAUCGGCUUUUAA